AUGUCCAAUUUAAAAAUAGAAGAGACAGAUUUGUUGUGCAAGAAGGGAUGUGGUUUCUACGGCAAUCCAGCCUGGCAGGGUUACUGCAGCAAAUGUUGGAAGGAAUUGAAGCACAACAAGGAUGACAAAAUUUCUUUGAAAUUUGACCCCAAGACUACCCUACAACAACAGCAACAACAACAGCCUUCUAGCACUCAACAACAACAUUCUCUGCUCAGAAAAUCAAAAAUAAUACCAUCAAUUUUUGGAAAAAGUCUUAGUAAGUUGUUGUUGUUGUUGAUUUUUUCAUAUUCUUCUCCAAAAUACCAUGAUCAACAAUCUCAUUCCCAUCGACACCAACAAAGCAAACCUCGAUCGACGACGACACGGCAAUCGAGUGAAGAGAGUCAAAAAGUUGGUAAGGAAUUAGUGGACUAUUUACGAUCUUUGGAUAUGAAAGAGAUCAUGAUCAACAUCCCCAAGCAAGUUAAAGGAGUCAUUGAGAAACUCUACCAGAUGAGUUUGGGUAACAGUCCUGUCGAUGAACUUUCCGAGAUGCUCUCAACUUUUUAUCAACUCAUGAAUGACAACAUGACCAGUAAACACCUUUAUAAAGCAGAAGAAGCUGAAGAGUUAUUGAACUUGUGCGAGAGAUACGUACUGACAAGACUUUAUUCGCACCUGUUCAGCCCAUCAGUGACAGACGACGAACAACUGGAUUUGAAGUUGCAGGCUCGAAUAAGAAGCCUGCAUUGGAUUUCUGUCCACUUGCUGGACGUUGUACUCAAUGAAUCCAUUGAUGGUGUUAGAGAACACGUGGAGUCUGCUAUUACUGCAAUCAUAGAGAUGAAUGCCAAAAGAUGUCCGCAAGAUAAAUUGGAAUGUGUGGUAAAAUGCAGUAAGCACAUUUUCGAAGCCCUCAAAUUUUCAAAAAAUGAACCGGCCUCGGCAGACGAGUUCCUCCCGGCCCUUAUCUACAUCGUCCUGAAGGCUAACCCCCCGCUACUCGAGUCGAACAUUCAGUUCAUCACCAGGUUUACUAAUCCGACCAGGCUGAUGACUGGCGAAGCUGGCUACUAUUUCACUAAUUUGUGUUGUGCGGUUGCCUUCAUAAAGAGUCUCACUCACGAAUCUCUGAACCUGCCAGAGUCAGAAUUCAACCGGUACAUGAACGGCGAGAUAACUGCCCACGACCCACACAUCAGCCGAACGUGUGAGGGCCUCAAACUCAUGGAGAAGAAUGAAAAAACUUUGAUGGAAGUGAAGUCGGGCCAGGAGGCUCUGAUGGCAGAGAUGCUGCAGAUGCAGCAGGACAUGAUUGACUUCAAAACAUCUUUCCAUUCUCAACUGACGUCAUUAAAGAUGAGAGCCCCUCUGAAAAUUAAACCACGGAGGAAAAAAGUAGACCUAGAUGCCGAUGACGAUAGCAAGGUCCUGCAGUUACCACCUCCACUACAGCCACAAGUU